AUUUAACUCCCCCACUCCUCCCAUACCCUAAACCCCACAUCUCCACAAUUUCUCUCUACAAAUUCCGAUAAUGCCACCGACGCCGGAGCAACCGCAUCUCAACGGCGCCUAUUACGGCCCUUCGAUCCCCCCCAAAACCAAAUCCUCCAACCGUCCAAGCCGCCGCCGCGGCGGCGGUGGCUCCUGCAACCCGUUAACCUGCUGUUUCAGUUGCAUCUGCAGUUGUAUCUUCAACUGCAUCUUCCAAAUCCUCAUCACACUCGCAAUCAUCCUCGCAAUCAUCACUCUAAUCCUCUGGUUCGUCUUCCGCCCUAACGUCCCCAAAUUUCACGUAGAUGACGUCACGCUUACGCAAUUCAACCUAUCGGAAACAAACGACACGCUCCACUACAACCUCGCCGUUAACAUGACGUUCCGAAACCCUAACCGCCGGUUAGGGAUCUAUUACGAUAAGAUUGAAGCUAACGGUUUAUAUCACGGCGUUAGGUUUUCAACGGCGGAUGUGGUAGGGUUUUAUUUAGGGCAUAAGAAGGAGAAUAAUGUGAGUGCGGUUUUUAAAGGUGAACAGGUUGUGAGUGGUGUGAAAGGGAAGUAUGAGGCUGAGAAUGGUGAUGGUGUUUUCAAAAUUGAUUUGAAAUUGAGGUUGAAGAUUAGGUUUAAAGUGUGGUGGAUGAAAACGCCCAAAUUUAAGCCCAAAUUUGACUGUGAUUUGAAGGUUCCGUUGAGUGUUAAAGGUAGGGUUUCUGAUCAGAAGUUUGAGAGGACAAAGUGUGAUUUUGAUUGGUAGAGAUGAUGAUGAUUUUUUUUUAUUGUUUUUGUUAGUAUUUUUUUUUUAUUUUAAUUAGUUUUGAAUUUUUGAUAUUGGAUAUGAGUAUAUGAUAUUAUCAUGAUGCUAAUGAUUUUAUUGAAUUA